AUGUGGUCUCUGGCGGGCAAGAAGUGCAUCGUCACAGGCGGCAACCAGGGCAUCGGGUUCGCCAUCGCCAAGCGCUUCCUGGGCGAGGGCGCCAAUGUCUGCCUGGUCGGCCGCAACGCCGCGAGGGUGGACGACGCCGUCCGGAGGCUGCAGCCAGGAAUCCGACCCCCCGAGUCGGACCCGGGCAGGACUGACGCCCAACCCCGUCUCCACGGCCACGUCUGCGAGGCCAUCAGCGGGCAAAAGGACUGGAUCGAGCUCUUCGCCAAACACCCCGACGUCGACGUCCUCGUCAACUGCGCCGGCGUGAGCACGGACCGGCUCCUGAUCCGGCUGGACGACGACGACGUGGCCGGCGCGCUCGACACGAACCUGCGGGCCGCCAUCUGGGGCUGCAAGCACGCGAGCCGGCGCAUGAUGGCCCGCGCCGGUAGGCCCGGCGGCGGCGACGGCAGCGGCGGCUGCAUCAUCAACGUGUCCAGCCUGCUGGCGACCAAGGGCCGUGCCGGCGCUUCCGUCUACGCCGCCUCAAAGGCCGGCAUUCUUGGUUUAACUACAUCCCUCUCUCAGGAGCUCGGCCGCUGGGGUAUCCGCGUCAAUGCCUUGGUUCCUGGUUACAUCGACACCCGGAUGACAGAAAAUCUUUCUGCUCAGGAGGAGUUGAAGGACAGGAUCCCCCUGAGACGGUUCGGCCACGUCGACGAGGUGGCCGAUGCAGCCGCGUUCCUUGCUAAGAAUCCCUAUGCCAGCAAUUGCAUUCUCAACCUCGAUGGAGGUUUGAGUGCCACUUGA